ACAAGGGUGGUGCACUGGCUUGCUGUGCCACAGACUUGCUGGCGCUCUGCGUGUUGCGUCCUCCGAGUGAGUUUGGAGUUGACAUCGCCUUGGGCAGCUCACAGCGCUUCGGAGUGCCUCUCUGCUAUGGUGGGCCUCAUGCUGCAUUCUUUGCAGUCAAAGAAAAUCUGGUCAGGAUGAUGCCAGGAAGGAUGGUUGGAGUGACCAGAGAUGCAGCUGGUAAAGAGGUUUAUCGUCUGGCUCUCCAGACAAGAGAGCAGCACAUCCGCAGGGACAAAGCCACCAGCAACAUCUGCACUGCCCAGGCUCUUCUUGCAAACAUGGCCUCCAUGUUUGCGUUGUAUCAUGGUCCUCAAGGACUGAGGCACAUUGCAGAGAGAACCCACAAUGCAACGUUGAUUCUGGCUGAGGGCAAGUUGUUUGACUCCUGUUUACUUUUUUUUUUCUUCUUUGAAUAAGAAAUGUUAUGAUACUG